AUCCUCAAGCAGUGUCUUGCUUUGCCAUCUAGACACCUGUGUCUUUUUUUUGUUUCUUGUUUUCUUUUCUAUCCAUCUCCUCUCAUUCUUCGUCUGUAACAGACGAUAAUUUUCCAAGAUGGCUUCCCAAGGCGACAAGACCGUCUUCGGCAUGCCCGGAUUCGUCGUCGACUUUUUGAUGGGUGGUGUUUCCGCUGCCGUCUCCAAGACUGCCGCCGCCCCCAUCGAGCGUGUCAAGCUCCUCAUCCAGAACCAGGAUGAGAUGCUUCGCGCUGGUCGUCUCGACCGCAAGUAUGGUGGUAUCAUGGACUGCUUCCGUCGUACCGCUGCUGCUGAGGGUGUCAUGUCCUUGUGGCGUGGUAACACUGCCAACGUUAUCCGUUACUUCCCUACCCAGGCUUUGAACUUCGCUUUCCGUGAUACCUACAAGUCGAUGUUCGCCUUCAAGAAGGACCGUGAUGGAUACUGGUGGUGGAUGGCCGGUAACUUGGCCUCUGGUGGUGCUGCUGGUGCCACUUCCCUCCUCUUCGUCUACUCUCUCGACUACGCCCGUACCCGUCUUGCCAACGACGCCAAGUCUGCCAAGGGCGGUGGUGACCGUCAGUUCAACGGUCUCGUUGAUGUCUACAAGAAGACCCUUGCUGCUGAUGGUAUUGCUGGUCUCUACCGUGGUUUCUCUGUCUCCGUCGCUGGUAUCAUCGUCUACCGUGGUCUCUACUUCGGUAUGUACGACUCGCUCAAGCCUGUCAUCCUCGUCGGACCUCUUGAGGGUAACUUCCUUGCUUCCUUCUUGCUCGGUUGGUCUGUCACCACUGGUGCUGGUAUUGCUUCUUAUCCUCUUGACACCAUCCGUCGUCGUAUGAUGAUGACCUCUGGUGAAGCCGUCAAGUACAAGUCUUCCUUCGAUGCUGCUCGCCAGAUUGCCGCCAAGGAGGGUGUCAAGUCCUUCUUCAAGGGUGCCGGUGCUAACAUCCUCCGUGGUGUUGCUGGUGCUGGUGUGUUGUCCAUCUACGACCAGGUUCAGCUCGUCCUCUUCGGCAAGAAGUUCAAGGGUGGCUCUGGUUAAACAGCUUUCUUAAUUUGGGAAAAAUUCAUGAAGACGGGGAUGAGGGGAUAGAUAGUGUUGUCGGGGAGUGGGUUAUUCAGGAUAGAAAUAUGCAUCUGGGUGAACUGGAAGCAUAGAGCACUGGAAUUUUCUAUUUGUUGUACUUUACUACUGCUUGCCAGCCUUUUUACUUUUAUCCUCUGUACUUUCAUAUCAAGAUGCAAUUGUUUU